AUGGUUUUCACAAAGCUCUUACUCUGGGUUGUGCAACAGCUCAUCCUGAACGUGCGUGUCGUCAGUGAUGAGCUGUAUGAAGCCACACAUGAGCGCAUGGAGCACCAUGCCAAGCAGCUGAGCCAGGAGAUGGCUCAGCUGCUGCAGGAGCUGGAGCAGAAGAGCCAGGAGCAGAGGAGCAAGGAGCAAAGUCCUGUGGCCUGGAGAGCCCUGCUCUUUGCUGCCUUGCAGCACUGGCAAUUCUGGGUGAUUGCCGGCAUCCUGCUCCUCCUGAUACUUGGGCUCUACUGGUGCCUCAGGAAAAGGAGCCAUGAGGAGGACAGCUCCAGCGAAGAGGACAGAUCCAGCAGCAGCAGUAGAGAAGAGGAAGAGCAUGAGGAGCAGAAUGAAGAAGACGAAGUCAAUGAAUAUGCAAAUGACCUGGAAAGGCAUUUUGAGGAGGACAUACAAUGGACUUAUCAGAACCUGUUCACAGAGUGCAAAUAUGUGAUGGACUUUGUGAAUGCUUUUACCCUGGCUGCCAAACAUAUCUUGUUGGAUAGCUCCGUCCCAGAGCUGCAACCAUGCUUUGGCAUAGGCAGUGCACAUGAAGGCUGGCAUCCCUAUGGAGAAAACAUCAUCCACCAAGUGCUUGUGCCCCUGGCACCCCCACCUGGCCACACCUUUCUCCCGGAGCUCUGCGAUCCAGGAGAGAUGCCAGAGGGGAACUUCCGCAUCCGCGUGGAGCUGGAGUGUACGUGCAUGAACGAGCAGGUGGAGGGGAACAUGCUGUGCUUCCUCCACCAUGACGAAGAGGAGCUGAAUUGGAAUCAGGGCCCCAGCCUCCUACACACCGUCUGCACCAACUCCUACCUAGACGUGCAGAAAACAGUUCGCAGGUUUCGUCAGCUGAUGAAAACGUGCUGGUCGCUUUUGCCUCAUUCAAACCAAUGGCGUUUAACCACGCUGCCCGGCACCCGCUCCUGCAAACUCAAGAUGGAAGGAGAAGAGCAGGAAUUCACCAUUGAAAUUAUAUUGGGCGUGCAGCAAGGCAACUCGGACAUCUUCAUGAGCAGCCAGGCUAAUGAGGGUAUCUUCACCCCAGGGACAAUCUGGACAACGAGCUGCGCUGUGGCAGAGGCAAAGUUCUUCAGGCUGGUGACCGAGCAGGCCCCACAUGGCAACUUCCACCUCAGAUGCCUGCAGCUCUGCGCCAGCACUCUGGUGGGCACAGGCUUUUCCAGCUAUACCUUGAAGACAGUGGUGAUGCACCUCCUGAACACCACCCCCCUGUCAGGCUGGUGCAGGACACAUUUCCUGCUGCGGCUGGAUGACAUCAUGAGUUACCUGUGGCACUGCUUGGAGGAGAGACGCCUCAACCACUUCUUCUUUGGGAAUGAGAAGAUUCCUGAGGAGAUCGUCGUGCCCCCAGCCUUGCAAAGAGCCGAGCCAGUCAACCUCUUCCAGCAUCUGGCACGGGAUCCGGAUGCCCAAGCUGAGGCAAUGAGGGAGCUCCUGGACAUGCAAGAUCGCCUCAUAAGAAUGCUGAACGAUGGCCACUGA